AUGGCCCCAUACGAGAUCAGUCCGAACUGUACCGUUGCAGAUGCGAAGGGGAUUGCCAGCUGCAAUGUUUCAGCCUACUGGAAGGAAACCUGGUGGAGGCUCCUCUGGCCGGAGAAGACAACCGAGUCUCUCGUCGAGGCCAUCGCGGCCAGAACACCCCGGAACCUGCUUCAAAUGAGAGGCCUCCGCCGUCAUCAGAAGGUCAAAGAUGCGGCAUCCGGGGAGAUCGUCGGCUACGCGCGCUGGGUGUUGCCGGACUCGCACGACGACAAGUGGCUCGAGGCGCAGACUCCCGACGUUGAUGAUGCUGCAAAGGCCAAGUUUAAGAACGACUUUGAAGGGGCCGAUUAUGAGCCAAGAGAUGAUAUGGAUGAGAUGGAUGAUCAUAUGUGGGAAUGGAGAAGCAAGUACGACCGCGAUGACUGUCUAGAGCUCGAAUGUCUUGCCGUGCAUGCGGACCACAGCCGCAAGGGUGUUGGUAGCAUGCUUGUUCAGUCUGGCGUGGAAGUAGCAUCGAAAUUGGGGUUGGACAUUAUCGUCAUCGCCAUGGGGAAGAAUGCUUUCGAAUUGUUUUCUAAAGCCGGCUUUGAAUUGUUGGAAAAGGAGAGCCAGGAUCUUUCUGCUUACGGGGAGCAGGACGUGUACGAGACAUAUUAUCUCAUCAAGCGCCCAGCAAAGGGCCCUGAGGGCAGCAAAUAA